AUGGUGCGCGGGGUGGCGGACGCCUCCGAGGCCCGGGCGGCGGUGCGGGGCAGCUCCCUCCACCGCUGGCUGCAGGUGCUGCGGAAGGAGGCGCUGCAGGGGCAGGAGGUGCUCGACGCCACCAGCGACCUCUCCGCCGUCGUCGGGUCGGCCAAGAAGUUCCUCGCCGGCCUCAAGUCCCUCUUCGUCUGCAGCGCGGAGGUCGAACUCCUCACCGACGCCGUCGACGCGCUCGAGCGCCUCGCCGUCCCCGGCGCCGACCUGGACAAAUUCUUGAACGUGCUCCAGCUGGACGUCGCCAUGGACGUCGACGACGACGACGCUCCGGCCCCUGCCCCGGUCUCAGCCGCCCAUUACGUGGACCAAGGCAGCUACUCCGUCGCCACCGCGCCCGGCGCCAAGAGGAAGCGCGCGGGGAGCUCUAGCGUGGACCAGGCAGGGGACGGCGACGGCGACGCGAACGGGGAGACCGCGUCUCACUCCCACGGCCGGGGCGUCGUCGACCGCGCGUACCGUCACAAGCGCCGGGCCCUGGCGUGCAAGCGUCACACCACCAGCUCCGGACAUCCCCCCGUGGCGGUGGCGAUGGCGAUGGCCAGGGUGCGCCGCCGCAUCGGGACGCCAAACCUCGGGCAGCUGCCCUUCUCCCGGAUCUCCUUGCAGUGA